AUAAACAAUCAAUCCAUCCUUCUUAAAUUAGUUGUUAAGUGAGUGAUAAAACAGAAUAACAUACAAAAUGACAGCACUGAUUUAAAAUGUACUGACAUGUAUUGAGAGAGCCUUCAUCAAGCUGGGCUGGAGCCAGUCUCAGCUGACACUCCCAGUCACUCACAGGACUCUCACAGAGACAGACAACCACUCAUGCUCACAUUUGCACAUAUUUUAAUCGUACAACACAGUAUUAUUUUAGUCCCCCAACACACUCGAUAUAGUGCAAAGCUGUAUUUAUAUAUUAAACUAGAUAACUACAGUGUUAACAGGCAACACCAACCAUUAGUAUUAUCAGCCAAAGCCAUCAGUCUCCCCCAGCAUCAAACUGAUCACCAAAGCAUUGAUCAAAGAGUCUGACACAUGUUUGCACAAUUCAUUAAACAGUCAUAAGACACAUUAACAGAUUGAGCUGUCUUAUGUUGUAAUGAAUCCAGGGCUGACGGAUUCUAACAGCUAACUACGCACUCUGAGCUAACCAGGAUGAUUCUCUCUUGAGAUGAUGAACAUACAUCACUGUAUCACAUCACAAAUAACUUUUUAUGUUGAUAAGCUGUCAGUCUGUUCAGAUGUGUUUUAUACGCCACUGAUGACAUUGCUGCCAUCCACAGUUGAUAAGAACUGGAUUAAAACAGGUAGCCACACAUAACAGUUGACAUAGUUAGCAGACAGUAAUUAAUAAACAGGUUUAAAGGAUUGGUUUAAAGUUUAAACCAACACAUAUGGACCAUGCCGGGUGGCGCCAAUGAGCGGUAGCUGGCUGUAGGAGUACAACAUGUUGGGAACAACAUCUAUUGUUAAGGACUUUUUGCUAAUAGUUUCAAUCAAUGUCACAGGAAUGCCUCACCCCUUACAAACUUUCUUAUCACUACAGUUGAUGUGCAUUACUGAUAUAACUCGGCCACGUAUAAAAAUGCUGACCAAGACUCAUUGAUCCUCAAAACUUUCUCCCGCAGCUUCUGAAACAGUAAGAUCUUAAAAAAGAAGUAGACCUCUAAUUUCCCCUGUAGGUACAGCCAAGAACAUCACAAUGAAGAAAUAUCUGUGGAGCUGUGCAGCAGUAUUGACUCUGUUUGUUACAGUUGAGUCCCUAACCUGUAACACCUGUGAUCUGUCCGUUCUCGGCUCCUGCUUCUUCGAUUCUCCAGUAAAUUGCAACAAAAAUCAGACCAGAUGCUAUAUCGCAGUUGCCAAUAUUCAAGGCCUGUUGAAUGUUCACGCACGAGGCUGCACGGUAGAAUCCGACUGCAAAAACCAGACGGGCCUGUCCAUCCUGACUUAUAAGUACAACAUCACCAGGAGCUGCUGCAGCACCAACCUGUGUAACGGAGCUGCCUCCAUCCAGCUGCCUCUGACUGCGGCUCUCGGUGCUGCUCUGGUGGCACUUUGGAGCCAAUGGGGCCUUUAAAGAAGGAAGAGGAGGACGAGAACGGGUUGCUAUAUACAUAGUUUAAUUGUUGUUGUCUUUAAUUGCUUUAAAUAACAUUUGUAGUACGUCAGUGACCCCAUGUUACUCAUUAUAUGACUUGUAUGAGCAACUUAUGUAUCAGGGUUUGAUAUCUUGACUUUCCUUUGCAUUUUAACACCUCAUUACUCUAAUAAUGUUUUUCAAAACCUUUAAGACAUCCAUCAGCCCACAGUGUAUUUUGUUUGGAGUCAUUCAGUAAUAAAAGGCAACUAAAUCCUAAUGCGGAUUAUUGCUAAAAUAAA